CCCAAACCCAUCCAAACGCACAAAAUUUCCGUUUCUCCUCCGACGUACCACCAUGGAUCAUUCCAAGAUGGAGCGCCGGAAGACUAUGACCAUGAACUGGGCCGCCCUCCGCGACGAUGACGACGAGUUCUUUGAGACCUGCGACCGGAUGUCCUCUGUCGUACCCAUGGAUCUCGCUAACUCCGACUCCGAUGACGACGACGACUUCUUCGACGCUGCUCGCAUGUCUUUUGCCGCCACCGUUUCGACCAUGAUGGAUCACCAAGAAGUUACCCCCAUCAUGUCGACUGCACAGCAUCACCAAGAAUUAAUGCCGUUUGCGGUCGCUUCGACUUCGCCAAUGUCGCCGGAUUACGAUAUCUGGAUGGCGGCUCCCGGGUCGAUUAAUGAGCGUCGGAAGCGUCUUCUCCAAGGGAUGGGAUUAUCUGAAGAUAAGCAGCAGAUUCUUAGCAUGAAACGCACCAUUUCGACACAAGUCCCCGCCAGUCAGGUGCCACAGUCGGAGGCCAACGCCCCUCCUCCGGACGUUAGGACUAAGAGUACGGAUGAGCAAACUGAAGAUAACUUAAAACUGGAGCUUUCUCAGUCGCCGGUUACUUUCUUGCUUGUCCGAUCAAGGUCGGAAGGAGACAUUGAGUCUUUCUCCGUUGAGAAGCAAAGAAAAGGGGAAAUGCUAGGUUCGAAUAUAUCAAAACAGCGCCUCGCUAGAACCUCAUCGUUAAUAGCAGCGCCGAGGGUGAAGAAAUGCCUCUACCAAGAUUCCGUCCGAGCGUCUCCGAAAGAUGGUAGGAGAGACCGUCCCACAGGUCACAAGAAUGCUUUGUCAACCGUAAUCUCGAACACGAAAUUCGGUGCCUUUUUCUUAAUAAAAAAUUUGGAUACCGGCAAAGAGUUCAUAGUGAAUGAGUAUGAUCAAGAUGGAAUGUGGAAUAAGGUCAGUGAUCUCCAAACAGGAAAGCAGCUGACGUUGGAGGAAUUCGAGAAAUGCGUGGGGCAUUCUCCGGUUGUAAAGGAGUUAAUGCGUCGGGAAAAUGUAGGCAGCGACGGUCGGAAGUUGCCGAUGAAUUCAUACAUAUCUAAGAGCUUGAAAAUGAGCAAGAAAAGGGGGGUAGCCAUGUUAAAGAGUAUAAAGGGCGUGGCUAAUUCUAUGACCUUAAGGGGGGAGAAAGAAAAGGAAAUGGCAAUGUUGACGGAUUCAAAAGCUGUAAAGAAUGGGAGUAAUGAAUGGAUGAAAGUUAGGACUACCGGGAAGUCAUUCAAGGAAUUGAGUGCUUUGCAUUUGUGUCAAGAAAUUCAGGCCCAUGAGGGUUCAAUUUGGACUAUGAAGUUCAGUUCCGAUGCCCGGUUCCUUGCUAGUGCAGGCGAGGAUAAGGUGAUUCAUGUGUGGGAAGUGCAGGAAUGUGAGGUUAUGUCGAUAAAUGAAGGUAGUUUGACACCACUUCAUCCAUCCCUCUGCAACUCCGUGGAGAAAGAUGGCGCUCAACAGGACAAGAAGAAGAAAGGAAAGGGAUCAGCUAACAAAAAGGGCAACCAAAUUCCUGAUUAUGUCCAUGUACCUGAAACUGUGUUUUCUCUUUCGGAGCAACCAGUCUGCUCUUUAAAGGGUCAUCAGGAUGAUGUUCUGGAUUUGUCCUGGUCACAGUCUCAGCAUUUGCUUUCAUCUUCAAUGGACAAAACUGUUAGGUUAUGGGACCUGGAAACUAAGAGCUGUAUAAAGAUGUUUGCCCACAAUGAUUAUGUAACCUGUAUACAUUUCAAUCCAAUGGAUGAUGACUAUUUCAUAAGCGGGUCGCUUGAUGCAAAAGUUAGAAUUUGGAGCAUACCAGAGCGGCAUGUUGUAGAUUGGACAGAUCUUCAUGAAAUGGUCACUGCUGCUUGCUACAGCCCUGAUGGCCAGGGUGCCUUAAUCGGAUCACAUAAAGGUCUUUGUCGCAUGUAUAGCACAGAGGAAUCCAAAUUGAAUCAAUUAUAUCAGGUUGAUGUUCAGAACAAAAAGAAAGCUACUAAAAAGAUCACUGGUUUCCAGUUUUCUCCAGGUAAUCCAUCUGAAGUACUUGUCACGGCAGCUGAUUCCAGGAUUCAUGUAUUGGAUGGUUCAGAAGUCGUUCAUAAAUUCAAAGGUUUUCGAAAUACCAACAGUCAAAUUGCAGCUUCAUAUAGUGUGGAUGGAAAGUAUGUUAUAUGUGCAAGUGAGGAUUCUAAUGUAUAUGUUUGGAGGCGUGAAGAGCGUAGGAAUACAGGCACCGGGAAAAAGAGUUUGAUUACAACAGCAGCAUAUGAACAAUUCCCAUGUAAAGAUGUAUCAGUAGCAAUCCCAUGGCCUGGUGUGGUAAAGGGUGAACCCCCAUCCUUGUCGUCAGCACCAUCAAGAAGGCACUCAAGAUGGAUAUCCCACACACCUUCUGGUUCCGCGUCACCAACCAAGGAAGACAGUCCUGUAGUACCAAACACCAAGAAAGGAUUGCCCCCUCUCCCCAAGAAAAACAACAACGCAGAGCAAACUGAGACCGCUAUGGAAGAAGAAGAGCUUGCUCAAAUUUCUCAUUCUGAACCAGGCGUCGGCGAGUCAUUCAGUUCAGACCCUUCCUCCAUAAAGUCAGAUGAUUCACCUUCUAUAAAUUUAGCUAACAACCUAAGCCCUUCCUCAUCAAUAAAGCAACCAGAUGAUACACAAUUUAUGAACUCUUCCCCAUCAAUAAAGAAAUCCAGCGAUUCACCUUCUUUAAAUUCUGCUAGCAACCUAAGCCCUUCCCCAUCAAUAAGGCAAGAAGACUCAUCAUCUUUGUCAGCUCCUUCCAUUGACAAUUCACCCUCCAUAAAACGAGGAGAUUCACCGUCUAUAUCCUCUGUUGCUACUUCUGGUUCUGGGACUUCUAGUACCUCUUGGUCUUGGUUUGAUAUUGGCGGCCAUGGAAACCAAAACAUCCUACCAACAGCUUGGGGCCUGGUGAUUGUAACAGCCACCUUGGGAGGCGAAAUCAGGAUAUACCAAAAUUUUGGGUUGCCCCGAAGAAUAGGCCGUCAAGGAAACCUUUUCUGAAAGUUUUCACAAUUUUGUUGUCUCAAACAAGACCAUCUGUCCUAACGUAUAAAUUAUGUACUGGACGAUUUAGAUGUUACAUGAGUAGGAUUUGAACCCCACAUGCAGGAAAAUUAUUCUGCAAAGGGUGGUGAUUUUGUUUUUCUGUAAAUGCAAAAGUUGUUUAUUGAGACGCUUUUGUAGAUCAAUAUAGCUACUUGUACAUG